UUGGAUUAUAACAGAAGAUGCCUUUCAAUUCGAUUCUUCACUGUUCAACAUCUUGGAGUUUAGCUGAAGCAACUCCAAAACCUAUUAGUAGAUUUUUUACUGCUGAGGAAAUUUAUGCCUAAACUAAAUUUUGAUAUCGAGAUUGGAUGUUUUAUCCUUCAAAUUGCUAGGUUUAUAGUUGUAUGAAGUUAGGCGCUGGGUUACGGAAUCAGUUGACUCCGUUUAGCCAUCUCAAUUUCGCUGAAUUGCGGCAGGAAAACACAGAAAGGGGGAAACGCAGUUGCUAGAAUAGAGUGGUGUAAUGCCGUCGGAAAUGAGGGGCAAUGUUGCUGACGAGGUGGGGCAGACCUCACUAGACAUGUUAAAGAAUACGCCGUCGAAUAUAAGGAGGUUGGCUCAUGAGAUUGAGCAGUGUGAGGGAAGGCAGAAGUACCUUGCCCGCACUAGGAGCCCCUCAGAUGGCGGCGACCUUAGGUGGUACUUCUGUAAGGUUCCGUUGGCGGAAAAUGAACUUGCCGCAUCAGUCCCUCGAACUGAAGUUGUAGGGAAAGGUGAUUAUUUCAGAUUUGGUGUGCGUGAUUCGCUGGCAAUAGAGGCUUCUUUCUUGCAGAGAGAGGAAGAGUUACUUUCUGCUUGGUGGAAGGAGUAUGCGGAAUGUAGUGAAGGUCCUAGAGGGAAGCAUGGUAUUGAUUCCAUGAAACUUUCUUCAGACUGUCCUGAUUGCCAACUAUCCACAGCUGAAGAAGAGAGAGUUGGUGUACCAGUAAAGGGAGGGUUGUAUGAGGUAGAUUUAGUCAGACGACAUUGUUUUCCUGUUUAUUGGUACGGAGAGAAUCGAAGGGUGCUACGAGGCCAUUGGUUUGCUCGUAAAGGUGGUCUUGAUUGGCAUCCAAUCCGUGAGGAUGUAUCUGAGCAGUUGGAGUAUGCAUAUCGAAGCCAGGUUUGGCACCGAAGAACUUUCCAACCAUCGGGUCUUUUUGCUGCUCGAGUUGAUUUACAAGGCUCAACCUCAGGGCUGCAUGCCCUUUUUACAGGGGAAGAUGAUACAUGGGAAGCUUGGCUUAGUGUUGAUUCUUCUGGAUUUUCUAACAUUGUAAAUAUUGGAUAUAAUGGCAUUAAAUUAAGACGUGGGUAUGCUCCAUCUGAGUCAAAGAAACCAACGCAGGAUGAAUUACGUCAACAAAAGGAGGAGGAAAUGGAUGAUUAUUGUUCACAGGUUCCUGUGCAACAUUUAGUUUUCAUGGUUCAUGGUAUUGGUCAAAGGUUGGAGAAAUCAAAUUUGGUGGAUGAUGUUGGAGGUUUUCGCCACCUUACAGCAAGCCUUGCGGAAAGGCAUCUGACUUGGCACCAACGUGGCACUCAAAGAGUCCUUUAUAUUCCAUGCCAGUGGAGAAAGGGCUUGACUCUCAGUGGUGAAGCAGCGGUUGAGAAAAUCACUUUAGAUGGUGUGCGAGGGCUACGAACAAUGCUGAGUGCAACAGUUCAUGAUGUCUUAUACUAUAUGAGCCCUAUCUAUUGUCAGGACAUUAUUAACUCGGUAUCUAACCAACUUAACAGAUUAUAUCUAAAGUUUCUUAAGAGGAACCCUGGAUAUGAUGGAAAGGUUUCAAUAUAUGGCCACUCUUUGGGAAGUGUUCUAUCUUACGACAUCCUUUGUCAUCAAGAUACUCUUUGUUCACCAUUCCCAAUGGAGUGGAUGUACAAGGAACAAGAACAAAGCAAGACACACUGUUCUAUGAGGACUGACUUACCACAUAACUGCAAGGCCACCUUCGAUGUUGGGGAAGACCUCAACUCAGACAUGGAUCACGAGAGUGUUGCGAACUUUGGAGGUGAAAUAGUAGUUGGUAUUACAGAUAUGGAACGAGAAAAAAGUGAGGGACGUCGUUCCGUGGGGAAUGACUUAUCACCUGACAGCAAACACGAGAGGGUUGAGGACUCUGGAGGUGAAGGAAUUGUCAGUGAUACAGAUAAUUCCAACCUUGUGGAAGAACAUGUGGAUGGAGUUUGUAAUCAGUUGGGUCCUCCUGCAUUGUCAGAGUCGGAUGAAUCAACUACCAAUGAUACUAGCUACCAGCAGAAAAAUGAUGCCUUCACUUUAGAUGAAAAUCAUAAUCAAACUCUCGACUCUUUGAAUUACAGAGGAUGCUCUGACCCUGAGAUGAUAAACGACCCAAGAAGCAUGAAAAGUGAGAUUGAAACAUGUGACGACGAACCAAGUGGUGAGAAUAUCAAAGAUAAUUGCGAAGGCGAAGUGAUCAAAUCACUUAGGGAAGAGAUUGAAUUGCUUAAAUCAAAAAUCAAACAAUUUGAAGCAGGAAUUGAUGAUAUAGUGGAUGCACAUGACGGUAAAAGUGCUGUGAACGAACCUGAUAAAAGUGUUGUGGACGAAUCUGAUAAAAGUGUUGUAAACGAACCUGAUAGUGUUCAAGAUGGGUGUAGAGAUACUGUGAAGAGUUACACCCCACAAAUAAGAUACACAAAAUUAGAAUUUAAGGUUGAUACAUUCUUUGCAGUGGGCUCGCCCCUUGGAGUGUUCCUCUCCCUCCGUAAUGUUCGUAUUGGCAUUGGCAAAGGGAAACACUAUUGGGAAGAGGAAAAUAUUAAUGAAGAAAUGCCAGCAUGCCGUCAGAUGUUUAACAUUUUUCAUCCUUUCGAUCCUGUCGCGUAUAGAGUAGAGCCGCUAAUCUGUAAAGAUUAUGACAACAAACGUCCUGUUAUUAUUCCAUACCAUCGAGGUGGCAAACGACUAUAUGUGGGGUAUCAGGAAUUUAAAGAAGGAGUAGCCGCCCGUUCUCAAGCCUUCGUGGAUCAACUGACAACUAUUAGGGUUAAAAUGCUCACAAUGUGUGAGCCUAGAAGCAAUGAUGGCAGUGACGAUGAAUGUGAGAAUUCGCAAGAAAAUGGAGAAAGAUGCUAUGGGUCUGUUAUGAUGGAAAGACUAACAGGAUCCGUGGAUGGGCGUGUCGAUCAUGUAUUGCAAGAUAAAACUUUUCGACACCCUUACAUAUCAGCCAUUGGGUCGCACACAAACUACUGGAGAGAUCCAGAUACAGCUCUUUUCAUGUUGAGAUACUUGUAUCGUGAUAUACCGGAGGAACCGGACGAGCAACGAGAGAGUAGAUGGUCCGAUCCAAGGGAGGUGGAGGAUGAGGAAGCUCCCUUGACCUUUGCUGACAACAUGUCAAUCAAACAUUUCUCCUACAAAGCCAAGAACAUUAUCAAGACCAGAUGAUACUCAGCUUCACCUAUGACGUCGGGGCGACGACUACGUUGAGUGAUUGCUGUGUGUUGUUGACUGUUGAAGAAGGUGAAAGUGAUAUAUCAUGAAUUUGGGAGAAUAAAACUGUACAUACAGACGUGUAUAGAGUAGAUAAAACUAGCUUCUCUUUCACUUAAAUGGAUGUAAUUUCUUGUAUGUGUUGAUAGUUGAUACGAUCAAAUUUUGCUUUGGACAGUAUAUAUGAUGAAUUUAACAGAAGAGGAUUUAUGCC